CUCAAGCAGGGUCGCCGCCGGCACCGCCCGCCGCCCCCUCCCGGGCCCCCAGAGGAGGGCGAUGUGGCAGGGCCCGCCCAGCAGCCUGAGGCCCGAGGCCCCCGCCGCCGCUGGCGGGAUGGCGCCUCCGGCCAGGCGUGCGGCGCCGCCGGCGCAGCGGAGGAGCGGGGGCAGUUCCAGCCCCGCGUCGUCGGGGGAGGACGCCCUCCAUGGAUAUCCUGCUGCGCAGGGGUGCCUGGCCUCGAUGGGCCUGCCCGCGGGCUGCGGGCGCGGCGGCGCCGCGCGCCACAGGCACACGUCCCCGCACAACUUCGACUGCUGCUCCGCGGCGCAGGCAGACCGCGACCUCGGUGACCACGUGGCCCAGGUCUCCUCGCCCUCGGGCCGGCGGCGCGGCCGUGGCCGCAGCCAAGGCAUUUCGAUGGAAGAGAUGCGCUGCCUGCUGACCGACCUCCACGCCCGCAUUCUUGCCGAGGUGCGCGAGGAGCUCCAGCGCGAGCUCCAGGGCGCGGCGCUUGCCGUGCGGGCGGGCGCCAGGGAGCUUCAGGGCGAGCUGGGCGGCGAGCUGGCGGCCGUGCGCGACGAGGUGCGGGCCCUGCGGUGGUGCACCAAGGACGACACGUGCAUGGGUGGCCUGUGGCAGUUGCGUGGCCGAAGACAGGCCCGCGGCGCCGCGGAAGCGCCCGCAAGCCCCGCCCGACCGGCGGGAGAUGCCCGCCAGGGCGACGCCAAGGAGCCUUGGGCGGCUGAGGCGGCGGCUCGGGAGUCAGGCCUCCGAGGGGCCGCCGUCUCCUGGCAGCCCUCGCAAGGCGCGGCCGGGGUGACCUGCAGCGGCGGCGGCGGCUGCCCGUCAGCGGCUCCCGCCGCGCCCCCCGCGGCGCCCUCUGCGACGCUGGCCGCUGCGCCAGCGGCGCCCGCGGCCGCGGCAGGCGCCGCCACGGAUAACCCUGCGCCGCCUGCGCCGCCCGCGCCGCGGAAGGCCGGACUCCUGGGGCCGACCGUGCGGAACUUCGAGCGGGCGCUGGAGGGCCGCGGUGCGGGGACCCCGCGCGAGGUCCGUCGUGCCCCGCUGCUGGACGGCCUCGAGGCAUACGCGAGCGCGCUGGACGCCAUGGGCGGCAAUAUGGGGGCCUACCUCGUGGCCAACACGAAGAAGCUCCGCGCCUCGAAGGCCGACCCUGGCGAGGGGGGCUACCGCGCGUGGGCGCUCAGCGAGCUGCCGGUUCACGAGAGGAACGGGUACAAGGGCUACGUGGACGACUCGGCCUGGAUGGCGAACCUCUGGGUCGGCCGCAUGCUCGAGUUCUUCGUGGAGCUCUUCGCGCAGCUCUCCGGCGGCGCCGAGACUGGCACCGCCGCGGAGGUGGCCUACAGGCAGACGCUGCAGAACCAUCACAGCUUCCUGCAGCGGGCCGCGUUCACGCAGGCUAUCAAGCAGCUGCCUGACCGGCGACACAUCCUCGCCCGGCUGAAGGGCGGCGCCGAGCUUUGCGACGCAGAGAGGGACAUCUCCGAGUUCGUGGCCCUUGGCCGGCCGAUCGCGGGCUUCUGCCUGCGGCUGAACGAGGAGCUGGACGCGCGGCUGCAGGCGGAGAGGCGCGCCUACGUGCGGAGGGGGCGCCGCGGUGAUCGCGCCUCGCGCGGCGCGGCCCCGGGCCAGGGGAGCCCGCACUCGGGAGCCCGCGGCCACCGGAGGGCGGCAGGCAGGCAGCCCAGGCAGGCGCCUCCCCCUGCGAGGACACGCCUCUCGAUCGGGGCUGUUGUGGGCGGCCGUGCGCCGCGUGAAGCUUAUCCCGAGUGAGCGA